CGACGGCACGGCCAGGCAAGGGCGUCACGUUUGAGGCCCUGUUCUGUUCAGGCUUCCCUCUCGACAGCCCGCCUCGCCGAGCCAGGGAUGCUGGCGGCGGCUGCAGCAAGAGCAGGAGGUGCUGCUCUGAGGCGCGUCGGGGCAAGGGGGCUGCACUGGAGCGCGACGGCGGCGUCGGCGGCCGAGCCGGCGCACUCGCACUCGCACCCGCUGUCGGCCAACGAGGACUUUGACCUCACAGAGGACCAGCGCCAGUUCCAGCACGUGGCCGAAACGUUUGCUCGCGAGGAGCUGGCGCCCUACAGCGCUGACUGGGAUGCGAAGCACCACUUUCCCAUAGACACCAUCAAGCGAGCAGCCGACCUGGGAUUUGGGGGCCUGUAUGUGGGAGAGGAUGUGGGAGGGGCGGCCCUGAGCCGGCUGGACGCCGCCAUCAUUUUCGAGGCCCUGUCCUGGGGUUGCGUGCCCACCGCCGCCUACCUCUCCAUCCACAACAUGGUCUGCCACGUCAUCGAUCGCUACGGCACCGCACGCCAGCGUGGCGCAUACCUAACCGCGCUGACGUCCAUGGAGGCGCUGGCCUCCUACUGCCUCACCGAGCCCAGCGCCGGCUCGGACGCCUCGGCGCUCAAGAUGACCGCCAGGCGGGAGGGCGCCAGCGGGGACUACAUCCUCAACGGGGCCAAGGCCUUCAUCAGCGGCGGCGGUGUGAGCGAUGUCUACCUUGUCAUGGCGCGCACUGGAGAGCCUGGCCCCAAGGGCAUCUCCGCCUUCCUCGUUGAGAAGGGCACCAAGGGCCUGUCAUUUGGCAAGCCCGAGUCCAAGCUGGGAUGGAAUGCGCAGCCCACGACAGCCGUCAUGUUCGACGACGUUCGGGUGCCGUCCAAAAACCGCGUGGGGCAGGAGGGGGAGGGCUUCAAGCUUGCCAUGAAGGCGCUGGAUGGCGGGCGCAUCAACAUCGGCGCCUGCAGCAUUGGCGGCGCACAGUUUUGCCUGGACACGGCCCGCGAGUACACGCAGGCGCGGCAGGCCUUUGGCGGGCCCAUCUCGCAGUUCCAGGCCACGCAGUUCAGGGUGGCAGACAUGGCCACGUCAAUCCAGGCCUCGCGCCUGAUGGUGCGGCACGCGGCGGCAGCGCUGGAUGCGCACUCCCCCACCGCCACCAUGGAGUGCGCCAUGGCCAAGCGCUUUGCCACCGAUGCCUGCUACAGGGUCACCGACGAUGCGCUGCAGCUGCUGGGAGGGUAUGGGUACUUGAAAGAGUAUCCCAUCGAGCGGUACAUGCGGGACCUGCGGGUGCACUGCAUCCUGGAGGGGACCAACGAGGUAAUGCGCAUCAUCAUCAACCGGGAGCUGGACAAGCUGGACCCCAAAUGA